ACGUGGAACCAGGCCCUUCGUCACCUCACCCAAUCGAACCCUUCCACACGCUUCUGCAUUAAAAGUAGGUAGUUAUAUUCAUUAUUCGGUAAUAAGUUCUCUUGUCGAAAAAUAAUAUCCUCCACUUCUUUUUUUUCCUCUUUCCCUAAUCUUCUCGUUCUUCUCAACGCUUUCCAAUUGCCAAAUUCAACUUUUGGCUUUUCUUUAUCCCUCUACAUGGCUGCAAGUAGACGAGGCUCAUCACGCAUCAUUGCUUAAAUCUAAGCUACCCGGAGACAACUCUUUAGACGUACAUAAGAAGUAUCUAGUCUAAUGGCCCCAACGGGUGAUUCCUCUGCCCAAGCUGGCGAACUACGCCGUAGGCAGGUGACAACGAAUGAACAUGUAAACAGUGAUAGUGACGAUGGAAGUGAAGAUGUCAAACCAUCAUCCAGACCCAGGAAGACAUAUGGCCGUACCAAAGACGGAACAAUCUUUACGGUUCCUACCACUCAUGAUAUGGUAUCCCAAUUACUCGACCCUAGGGAACCUAAGAACAUAUCGGACGUGAUUGUCCUUGCUGUUCUUGCCGGCCAUAUCCUGGCCCUGUAUCUACUUCCUGAAUCGCUGAGGCGGCCAGUGUUCGCCGCUGUCUUUCUGUUCUGGCGUACCGCUUACAACCUUGGCAUUGGCAUCCUCUUACGCCUACAGUCUAACGAUAACAAACUCGUAGCUUGGGCUCAUAAAUGGAAGCUCUUCGAAAACCCGUCAACAGGCAAGAACCCAAGGCCGUGGCUGUAUAAGAUCCUCAAGCGCGAGCUGGAGAUCAAGAUUCCCGAGGAUUACGAGUUCGAAAAGGCCCCAAUUGAGUACAAUACUUGGCUAGUCUUCAGACGACUUGUCGAUCUCAUUCUUAUGUGUGAUUUCGUCUCAUACUGCCUCUUUGCUAUCGCUUGCGCCCACGUUCCUCCUGGAGAAUCAAUCUACGUUACGAUUGGCCGGUGGCUAUUCGGCUGGCUUACCAUAGGAUUCAACAUCUGGGUUAAACUCGAUGCUCAUCGAGUCGUGAAAGAUUAUGCCUGGUACUGGGGUGACUUCUUCUUCUUGAUCGAUCAGGAGCUGACUUUUGAUGGUGUAUUCGAGAUGGCUCCUCACCCAAUGUACUCGAUUGGGUAUGCAGGCUAUUAUGGUAUCUCUGCCGUUGCUGCCAGCUAUGCUGUUCUUUUCAUCUCCAUCGCUGCUCACGCUGCCCAGCUUGCCUUUUUGGUAUUUAUCGAGGAUCCCCACAUCCAGAAGAUAUACAACCCUCCUACUCGCAAGAGUGAGGUUCCCACUAGGCCCCGGAUUCACAAAUUGUUGGGUAUUAGGAAUAUUGACCUGCUACGGACUGUCGACUAUUCCACUUUCAUAAUUCUCGGACUCGUCGCUCUUUUCGCUUUCACCACACCCCAGACGCCGCUGCACCAAUCCAUAUUCUUCUCGCUCGCGCUCUUGGUUCGACUUUGGUAUUCCGUUGGAUUAGGUGUGAUCCUAACCCGACAGUCUAAAAGCAAAGCAUGGACCCGCCACUUUUUGAAGGUAGGAGAGACUCCGGAGGAGGGCUGGCGACAGUGGAAAGGAUACUACCACGUUACUCUCAGUCUGUGCCAUGCUACCUUUAUCGCUGCUUGCUGGAAGAUGUAUUCUACCCCGGUCGACUGGAAUUACGGGUUCGUGCUGCUUAGGCACGUCAUUGGUGCUAGUCUCAUCGCCCUUCAGAUCUGGACAUCUGUGAGCAUCUACGAUUCUCUCGGCGAGUUCGGCUGGUUCUUUGGCGACUUUUUCUUCAACCAAGGUGCAAAGCUUACUUACACUUCGAUCUAUCGCUACUUGAACAACCCCGAGAGAGUGCUCGGCACUGCCGGUUUAUGGGGUGCUGCCAUCAUCACAUGGAGCAGAUCUAUAUUCGUCCUGGCACUCAUUAGCCACCUUCUUACUCUUGGUUUUAUUCACUUCGUCGAAAAGCCUCAUAUGCAAAAGAUAUACGGCCGCAACCUUCGGCGCGAAGCUGGCUUGACCAAAUUUAUUAAGCGUUCCCUGCCUCCGCCUGUUGUAGAAUGGCAGUCGAGCGUCAACAAGGUCAUGGAUGAGACGUCACACUUUGUGGAAGACUUCCUGGAUACUGCACGACCAAAACUAGCAGCAGGUGUCUCGACGAUCGUGAGGGAUACUACAGCACUUUUCAACAAAUAUCCUGCCCGUCUUACCUUGACAAAACUUUCCCCCGACCUCGCAGGCUUGGACCCCAAACGGUAUUCCAUGACCGUAGAAGGCGAGGCGUCUGGAUUCUCCGCUCUGUCAGAACGAGCUAGCGGCAAGGAAGGCACAGCAGGAAGAUUCCCUAAUGAGUUGAAGACGAUGAUCUUCGAAUACGGGGCCCCGAUCAAGGUCAAGUGGAGGGCACCGGCAAACCACGGUAGAAAGGAUUGGAUUGGUCUUUAUAUGGUAGCUGACAACCGAUCCCGCGAGAUCACUGAACUCUCAUCUCUUGGACGUUGGAUUCCCACUGUACCUGGCCAAUUCGAAUCUACCACAGCGGACAGGGGUAUUCUAACGUGGGACCAACCCGUUGAAGACGCUGAUAAUAAUGACGAAGACCUUGUAUGCGGCGAGAUGGUUUUCUCAGGCGAUAAGCUGUGGUGGACACAGGGUGUAUUCGAAUUCCGGUACCAUCACGACGGCAACCACAACGUCAUGUCCAUCUCGCAACCCUUCGAAAUCCACGUCAACCACUUCGAUUACAACGACGUGGACGCAGAUACCGAGGAGGCUGUCCAGAAGGCCGUCGAAGCCGCGCUCCUGCCUGUAGUUCAAAACUGUCUCGACCGCGACCCAGAUAUCGCACCCAGCACAUCCGAAGAACCCUUCGGAAGUCACGUGGAAAGAGACGGCAAGUACGCCAAGAGGUUGGUGUAUGCCAUCCACCAGACGUUUGGUAUCGAGUUCGCGCCGGCGGUGGUACCUGCGGAUGGAAACGUGAGGAAUUUGGCUUGGAGGAUUUGUAAUGCGAAACAAGUACUGGCUCCCUACAGUAUGUCCUCCGCGAAAGGAACAACGACUCCGGGGGAUGAGAAAUAGGAGGAUGCCUACCUAGCUAGGUACCUAUGUUACUUGAUUGUAAACAGCGAAGUAUUAGGGAGCACAUACAGGCAUACAUACAGACACACGCAUAUGAUUAUACUUUAUAGAAGUAUCCCAUACACCGCUUAAUCGAGUAAUCAAAAUAUGCGGUCGCGGAGUUAGAGAGGGGGGUUGGGUGUUUGAGUUGGAGCGUGGUGGUGUUUAUAGCGGUUUGAAAGUAGCUGCAACUCGUAGGUACAGCGUUAGUUGAUGAAUAGUUAAAUAAAAAUAAAGGGAAAUGGUAACGUGUUUACUUGGGUAUAUCGAGGUUAACAAUAGGGUGCUAUGCUGGAUUUUUGGACGUGUCAGGGAUGUUACUGAGACAGACAUAUGUUAUACUAAUAGCACUGGGUAUUGAAAGGCAACCAACCUAGUCUUGUCUGUAGGGCGGAUUAGUAUAUAGCAGGCUCUACUUCUGUUCCUUAGAGUAUACUCUAUCUAUACCUAGGUAGUUAAGUUUCUCUUAAACAUGUCCUAUCUAA